AUGAUAGCUAAUAUUUUGUUAUCUAUCUGUCUAUCUAUCUAUCUAUCUAUCUAUCUAUCUAUCUAUCUAUCUAUCUAUCUAUAUAUAUUGCUUACAUCUACUUCUGGGUGCUUACAUCUCCUUCUCCGUGCUUACAGCCCUCACACUGCGUGCUUACAUUAUCUCUCUCUGGGUGCUUACAUAAUUCUCUCUCUCUCUGCGUGCUUACAUAUCUCUCUCUGCAAGUUUACAUAUCUCUCUCUCUCUCUCUCUUUGCUUGCUUACACACUUCUCUCUUUUUUGCGUGCUUACAUCCCUCUUUUUGCGUGCUUACAUACUCCCUCUGUCUUUGCGUGCCUACACCUCUCUCUCUCUCUCUCUGUCUGCGUGUUUACAUCUCCCUCACUUUCUCUCUCUCCCUUUGCGUGCUUACACCUCUCUCUCUCUCUCCCUCUCUUUGCGUGCUUAUACAUACUUCUCUCUGCUUGCUUACAUCAGUCUCUCGCGUGCUUAUAUCUUUCUUUGUUAACCUUAUAUUUCUCACAUUUCUCUCUCCCACUCUCUUUUCGCUUACAUUUCUCUCUCUUUUGCGUGCUUACAUUUCUCUCUCUCUCCCCGCUCUCUCUCUCUCCCCCCUCUCUCUCCCCCCCCUCUCUCUCUCCCCCCCUCUGCGUGUUUACAUUUAUCUCUCUUUCUUUACGUGCGUACAUCGCUCUCCCUCUCUCUUUGCGUGCUUACAUCUCUCUCUCUCGCUCUCUCUUUGGCUGCUUACACUUUUCUCUCUUUUGCGUCUUACAUCUCGCUCUCUCUUUGUUCGCUUACAUCUUGCUCUCUCUCUUUGUUUACUUACAUCUCACUCUCUCUCUCUCUUUUCGCUUACAUCUCUCUCUCUUUUCGCUUACAUCUCUCUCUCUCUCUGUUCGCUUACACCUCUCUCUCUAUGUUCGCUUUCAUCUCUCUCUUUGUUCGCUUACCUCUCACUUUCUCUCUCUCUCUCUUUGCUCGCUUACAUCUUGCUCUCUCUCUUUGUUUUACUACAUCUCUCUCUCUUUUCAACUCUCUCUCUCUCUCUUUUCGCUUACAAAUCUCUCUUUUCGCUUACCUCUCUCUCUCUAUGUUCCUUUCAUCUCUCUCUUUGUUCCUUACCUCUCCUUUCUCUCUCUCUCUCUUUGCUCGCUUACAUCUUGCUCUCUCUCUUUGUUUACUUACAUCUCACUCUCUCUCUCUUUUCGCUUACAUCUCUCUCUCUUUUCGCUUACAUCUCUCUCUCUCUGUUCUUACAUCUCUCUCUUUGUUCACCUCUCUCUCUCUUUGUUCGCUUACAUCCUCUCUCUCUUUAUUCGCUUAUCUCUCUCUCUCUUUCUUAUAUCUCUCUCUGUUCACACCUCUCUCUCUAUGUUAGCUUUCAUCUCUCUCUUUGUUCCUUACCUCUCCUUUUCUCUCUCUCUCUCUCUUUGCUUUACAUCUUGCUCUCUCUCUUUGUUUGUUUACAUCUCCUCUCUCUCUCUUUUCGCUUACAUCUCUCUCUUUUCGCUUACACCUCUCUCUCUAUGUUCGCUUACAUCUCUCUCUUUGUUCGCUUACCUCUCACUCUCUCUUUCUUACAUCUCGCUCUCUCUUUGUUCGCUUACAUCUCGCUCUCUCUUUGCUCGCUUACAUCUUGCUCUCUCUCUUUGUUUACUUACAUCUCACUCUCUCUCUCUUUUCGCUUACAUCUCUCUCUCUCUCUCUUUUCGCUUACAUCUCUCUCUUUUCGCUUAUAUCUCUCUCUCUCUGUUCGCUUACACCUCUCUCUCUAUGUUCGCUUUCAUCUCUCUCUUUGUUCGCUUACCUCUCACUUUCUCUCUCUCUCUCUCUUUGCUCGCUUACAUCUUGCUCUCUCUCUUUGUUUACUUACAUCUCACUCUCUCUCUCUUUUCGCUUACAUCUCUCUCUUUUCGCUUACACCUCUCUCUCUAUGUUCGCUUACAUCUCUCUCUUUGUUCGCUUACCUCUCACUCUCUCUUUGUUCGCUUACAUCUUGCUCUCUCUCUUUAUUCGCUUACAUCUCUCUCUCUUUGUUCGCUUACAUCUCUCUCUCUUGGUUCGCUUACAUCUUGCUCGCCCUCUCUUUGUUCACUUACAUCUCGCCCUCUCUCUCCCCUCUCUCUCUCUCUCUCUCUUUGUUCACUUACAUCUCGCUCGCCCUCUUUUUGUUCGCUUUCAUUUCGCUCUCUCUUUGAGUACUUGCAUGUCGUUUUCUCUCUCUCUCUCUCUCUCUCUCUUAGUUCACUUACAUCUCUCUGUCUCUUUGAGUACUUACCUCUCUCUUUAUAUACUUACUUAUCGCUCUCCCUCUCUCUUUAUUUCCUUAUAACUACCGAUCAGGUUUUCCGUCUUUCCUUCAUUCCGUUAAUUACUGUCCCAUUCUUUCUUUCUUUCUUUCUUUCUUUCCAUUACUUCUUUUCUUUCUUUUCAUUCCUUCCUUCCUUACUUCCUCCUUUUUUCCUUUCUUUUCAGUCCUUCCUUCCUUUCUUUCCAUUCCUUUCUUUCUUUCUUUCUUUCUCUUACUUCCUUUCUUCAUCUUUUCUUUCCAUUACUUCUUUCUUUUUCUUUCUUUCUUUCUUUCUUUCUUUCUUUCUUUCUUUCUUUCUUUCUUUCAAUUACUUCCUUUCUUUCUUUCUAUUACUUCCUUUCUUUCUUUCUUUCUUUCUAUUACUUCCUUUCUUUAUCUUUUCUUUCCAUUACUCCUUUUCUUUCUUUUCAUUCCUUCCUUCCUUACUUCCUCCUUUUUUCCUUUCUUUUCAGUCCUUCCUUCCUUUCUUUCCAUUCCUUUCUUUCUUUCUUUCUUUCUUUCUUUCUUUCUUUCUUUCUUUCUUUCCAUUCCUUCUCUCCUUCUGUUACUUUCUUUCCUUCCGUACUUCCUUUCCGUCCAUUUUUCUUUUCAUUCUUUCUUUUUCUACUUUUCUUUAUUCCUCUGCUUUUCUUUCUUCUUUAUAUUCAAAAUAG